CUAUUCCAACGAAUAGCCUUACUAAUAUUUUAUUGGAUUGUGCAAAAUUUUAGCAAUUUAUUUCAAUUAAGGCGAGCAGUACAAGACAUAAAUCCAUUAAUCCGUUCACCCGUUCGAGGAUUACCUGGAAUAAAACUCCGUUUAAAUCAGCGAUCGUUUAAAUAUGCGAGCGUUCUUCUCGGUCAUUUAUUUGAUCAUGAAAUUCUACAAACUCAUAUUCCAACAAUCUCACAUUGCUUUACAGAAGUCAGUGGCUGCAUCGAGAUAUUUAAUCAGUACAUAUCGAGAUACAGAUGUCCUCAAAGAACCGUCCUCUAUCCAGCUCCAGCAAAUCGGCUUAUAUUCUCUGUGCAAAAUGUAGAUAUUGGGAUUUCUGGAAAUAUAGGCGGACAUGUUCAGAUUUUGCUGCCUUUACCUGUGACUGGAAUAAUCCACGUUCAUAUUCAUCAGCUAACAAUAACUAUACAAAUGAUAAUGACUCGUGGAGAAACGCGUAAACCACGAGCAUCAAUAGUUGGAUGUCUCGUCUCGAUUGGUUAUGUCGAUAUUUUUCUACAGGACGGUGGUUUAUUGGGUGAUAUUUUCAACAACCAAUUCAGGAGCAAAGCUUCCGAACAAGCAAGAAGUAUGAUUCCAAAUCGUUUAUGCGCUAUAUUAUCGCAACUAAUUCCACAAAAAAUAAAUCCCAAAUUCGAUUUAAUUCCGCAGUCGAUUGCUUUAACACAACUUAGCUCUUUGGCUGAAGGAAUAUUUAAAAGUAUUCCAAAUCCAAAAUACGUAAAUUUUUUUUCUCAUAAUUUUCUCAUUAAACUUUUGUUCGUCGGAUUUUCGCUUGAAAAUAUCAAGCAAUCCACUGGUACUACUAUUAUUUUUAUCCGUUCUUUUUUUGCGAAAUUUAACGAUAAAUUUAAGGUCCAUCAAGCCAGGCUUCGAGCUCGACAAACAGUACAUGGCUCAAUAUCGACUAAAGUUGAAGCCGAUCCUUGCUCAAAAUGUAGGGAAAAUGACGAUAGAUCUUACGGUUCCAAAAAAUUUUUUCAGGAUAAAAUAUCAGAUUUAGUUCUAACAGCACAAGUUACCAAUAUCUAUGCAACACCAAAUGAUUACACAAUAAGUCUGAAUGGUGAAUUUAGUCCAUAUGGACGAGGUGGCACACCAUUUUCACCUUUUCCAAUGUCAUUUCCAAAUUUUAUUGGCAAUAAUAUGAUUGAGACUUUGAUCAGUGAUUACACCUUCAAUUCAUUGUUCUAUCAUAUGCAUAAAAAGGAUUUCAUAUCAUUUCGAAUCGAUCCGAGCACACCAAAAGUUGGAGCUUUGCUUAAAACAACAUGUAGUGAUGAUGAAGAUUAUGAUUUUGACGAUACUGGUGUUGAGGUAAUUAAUAUAAAUAGUUUUAUCGCAUAUAAUCUAUUUCAAUUUAAAAAACAAUUUUACGCUUCAAAUUUUAUUAAAUGUUAUCAUAUCAACACCGUUAAAAUUAAGAUUGAUGAAGUAGAUGAUGAACAGACUGGAAGACGUCGUAAAAAACGCGAGCGAGGCGAAAAUGAAGAUGAAGAAAAACCAGAGCCAGAUUUUGCUAGUCUUGGAAUUUGUUUAGGUGAUAUUAUGCCGGCAGUGAGAGAGAAAUACCCCAAGAAAAGCUUACACAUAACUUUCCGCUCAUCCAGAGCACCUUCUGUUUUAUUUUCGUCAAAGAACGGAGGUACUGUCACAAUCGAUUUACUGAUUAGUUCGGAAAUUUUUGUCCUUGAUACAGAUGAAAGAAUUGGUGCAAUACAGAUUGCAGGAAUAAUUGAACUUCGCAUCAUGUCUAAUUAUAAACGGCUGACCGGCACUGCUGAACUCAAUCUGUUGAAACUACGAGAUAUAGACGGCACUUUAGGAUUGCCUCAAGAUGCUUUGGAUAAUCUCGCUAAUUUAGCUAAGGAAACCGUAGUCAAGUUAGCGAAUGAUGCGAUGGACAAAGGUAUCGAUCUUCAAAUUCCUACAAAUAAUAUACCAAUCACUCUAAUUGAUAUCAAAUUCCGAGUGGUUGAUCAUGGAUUGCACAUCGCUUCUGAUAUAAUUUUAUCACGAUCACUUAUACCGAUUCUUAAUCGCUCUUGUAGGUAUACUUAA